AUGAUCGCUUUUUCUUGUAUCUUUCUUCUAUCCUUCAUCACCUUUCAGGGGGAAUGUUGCCGCAUCAACAAGAUGGUGAUGAACCCUUUCAACCAGGAUGAUUGCACAGACAUCCAGUCCACGAUGAAUUGCCUCCCGAGUCACAUGAAGCACGUCCCCAUGGGGCUCCACAAAAGGAUACCCUGCCCCUCUUUAGUUCAUUGCGACCCCUACACUACGAAGAUAACUUCAACUGUGCUCCCCCCAGAACUGGAGUGUAUAGAACCAAUCAUGACCAAGUGCUGCUGUGUCCACUGCCCUAAACCGUACCCUUGCCAAGGCCUACCCAUCCAGAUGUUACCAAAUGAUUGCUGGUGUUGA